AUGGCGUCGUCUCGUGACCGCGCCUAUGUCACCGUGUACUCCCCCACCCUCCUGACCUGGGUGUACGACUACUACGUCUUGGGCUUCAACCUCCGCUACAUCUGGGGCUGCCCUACCGACGCGGUGCUCCUCCCCUUCUUCGCCGAGAACUUCUCCCGGCGCCACCUCGACGUCGGCGUCGCCACGGGCUACCUGCCCGCCAGGGUCCUCGCCAGCCCCUGGCGGCGCGCCGCCGCCCACCGUCAGCACCUGACCCUCCUGGACAUCAACGCCAACUCGCUCCGCGCGUCCGAUGCCCGCGUUCGCGCCGCCGCGCCGGGCAUCGAGACGACGUGCGUCGAGGCCGAUGUCGUCGCCGACCUGCCGCCCGUGCUAGCCAGCGUGGUGGAGGAGGAGCGGGCCCGGGUUGAAAAGGCCGGCGGCGAGGCCGGCAGCAGUAGCAGGUCGUGUCUGUACGACUCCAUCAGCAUGUUCAACCUCUUUCACUGCGUGCCCGGCGGGCCGGCCAAGCUGCGCGCCAUCUCCACCUACAAGGCGCUGCUGGCCGACCACGGCGUCUUGUCGGGCUGCACGGUGCUGGGCGAGAGGCACGCCACAGGCUGGUUCAGCCGCUGGUACCUUAGGUUGUACAACCGCAAGGGCAUCUUUAACAACAUCAAUGACACGCGGGAGGAGUUUGAGGAGGUGUUGAACAAGGAAUUCGAGGAGGUCGACACCUGGAUGUUUGGGAUGGUCUUGUUGUUUAGGGCUUCGAAGCCGAGGAGGGAGGGGAGUGGCUAUGUUGACUUGUUGGCAUGA